UAGUUGGUGCGACCAAAGGUACAAAGGUUGAGAGCUUUUAAUUGGGACCGGGGGUCGUUAAUCAUUCCAGCUUGCUUUGGUUGGGUUGCCGUCUUCAUCCUCCAUUUUGCUAUAUAUUUCUCUCAGAAUCUAACAAAACCCAUUCACCCCAUAACUCACAUACACACCUCCACCGCCAUGAUUCUUCAUUAUUUAUAAACUAAUUGCCAAAAACCCAUCGAACCCAUCAUCCCAAAACUCCCUCUCAUUCCUUCCAAAUCGAAAGAAAAAGACAAAACCCAAGAACAAAAAGACGACAAAGAUUCAGCCCAUUUUUGCAGUAAUUGAAUUUUGGGGAAGGAGAUGGGGGCGUACAGAGCGGACGACGAUUACGAUUACUUGUUCAAGGUGGUGCUGAUCGGCGACUCUGGCGUCGGAAAAUCGAACCUUUUGUCCCGGUUCACGAGGAACGAGUUCAGCCUCGAAUCCAAGUCCACCAUUGGCGUCGAGUUCGCCACCAGAAGCAUUCGGGUCGACGAUAAGGUUGUCAAGGCCCAGAUUUGGGACACCGCCGGCCAGGAAAGGUAUCGUGCAAUCACAAGCGCAUACUAUCGAGGCGCGGUUGGGGCAUUACUUGUCUAUGACGUUACUCGUCAUGUUACAUUUGAGAAUGUGGAGAGAUGGCUGAAGGAGCUUCGCGAUCACACAGAUGCCAACAUUGUGAUCAUGCUAGUGGGAAACAAGGGAGAUCUGCGUCACCUGCGAGCUGUUUCCACUGAUGACGCUAAGGCGUUUGCUGAACGAGAGAACACCUUUUUCAUGGAAACGUCUGCCCUCGAGUCUAUGAACGUCGACAAUGCUUUCACCGAAGUGCUGACCCAAAUCUACCGCGUUAUGAGCCGGAAGGCCCUUGACAUUGGGGAUGACCCAGCAGCCUUGCCCAAAGGACAAACAAUCAAUGUCGGGGGAAAGGACGACGUAUCAGCUGUGAAGCAAGUCGGGUGUUGCUCUACGUAAAAUUUGCCGGAAUUUUUCGAGUGCCUUUUGACGUUCUAUCGGGCGAGGUCAUGUCCAUACACAGAGGUUGACCUGACUCCACGACAUUGCUUUCUCGACAGGAUAUUAACUCUUUGAACACUAUGCUUCAGAUGCUCGAAAGCUUGUCUAUGUUUAGCGCAAAAUUUAGGAUGUUAAGGAUAUGUUCUUGUUUUUUCCUUUGAUUCGAUUUGAACUACUUGCUUCCCCUUGUGUAAUUAUUCUUUCUUGGUUGAGUUUUAUAUAAAGUUUGGUUGUUUUUGAGCUGAAA